CAAAAACUGAAAAACCCUCCGUCCUUAAAGGGUUAAAGCACAAGAUGGCAAACCAAGUGAGCAACAGAAAAAAGCCAAUUAUGUAUAACUUAGGCCAGAGGAAGAGGGAGACUGCAAAUUGCCAUUGCUCUCAACACAGUUAGCUUUGGCUGAUGCGCCUUGUUUGUUCUGCCGUCGGCCAGCCAUUUUUUGGACAUAAUAAGACAAAGGGAUUUUAUAGAAUACAAAUGUGAUGCCAAAGUGAGAAUGGCAUAUUCAGAGCUAACUCAGAAGAUCACAAACAUCAUCUAAAUACGUUGCAACAUUUCUGUACCACACCUUCACCUCCAGCACCGUGGCUUGGCAGCUGUAUGUACAUUCAGUAGCUGUAUUUGGUCAGGUCUUUCUCCUCCUUUUUUUUUUUAUUUGGUUUCUUCUCCCAUGACCUUAGAUCACUGGUUACUCCUCCCAAAUGGAUAUAAACAUUUACUCGGUGCUCUGGUUAAUUAAACAGUAGAUGCUUAUAUGAGUGAAUGGAGCAUAUAAAUUGAGAGAUCGCAGACUCGUGGAUACAAGGACAUGUGGAGCCGUAAGAGAAUGUAGCACAACCCAGAAAAGAAGAGAUCACUACAAAUAAGUCAUUGCAUUCCAUAUCUCGCACUAUAGAGUGGAUUUUGAAACUCAACAAAUUUUCCACUGACCGACUCAUAAUGGAGAUGAAAUUAGACCUAAAUACCUUAAGUGACCAUCUAGAAGACAUCAGGCCUAGUACACAACUGAGAAUUAGAGAUGACUGGAAAAAAGGUGGAAGGCUCCUGUCUGGUCUUUUGGGCUCCAAUGUGUUACUUUUCAGUGGUGCUUUGGCAACCUGCGUGUUCACGGAAGAUGUUGAUAUCUACGAAUUUGACUUUCUCAUCUUCCUUUCCAUUGUGAUGGUAAUCUGCAUUGUGUGGAUGUUUUUUCAAAUGUUUUUCACCUGGAAGUACAAAAAUGCUAUUCUCUAUAAGGACUGCCAGGCCGGACCAAUAUGGAUGCGAGCGGGAAUAGUUUUUUUUGGAAUUGGUACACUUGUUAUGUCAUCUGUAAAAAUUGCAUAUGCAGCAGAGCGGGUAGACUGCAUAACACCCAUGAAAUUCAUCCAGCCUAUAAUUCAUGCCAUCUUUGUCAUUGUACAGACUGGUUUUCUGUGGAUUUCCUGCAAACAUUGUGUCCAGAUAUAUGUCAAUAUUACCAGGUGUUUUUUGAUGGUCUUGUUGACUGUUAAUCUGGUCAUAUGGGUCACUGCAGUUGCUGAUGAGUCCAGAUAUCAUACUGUUGAACUACAAAGGCUUCUAGACAGAAAUGUGUCUGAAGAAACUAACAGCAGCAUCAGUGAACAACAAGAGGAUUCUGAAAACAUUAACAAAUGUGGGUGCAGAAGCCAGUGCAUGAACAGCGCCACUGCGUUUACCUAUUUGUACCCCUUCAACAUCGAGUAUAAUCUGUUCGCUGCAGCUAUGAUUUACAUCAUGUGGAAGAACGUAGGACGCCAAAUUGAUGAAAAUGCUUCCCACUGCCAUGGAAUAGGACCAGGAGUCCGUAAACAUAUACCCCUCCUAGGACUUAUAGCUGGUGUGGCUGUUUUGGUUAUUGGUCUAGUGAUGUUUAUCAUGUAUGAAGUGGGAAGGGAAGGCAUUAAUAGGCACUGGUUGUCACUGACAAGCUUCUACAUUUUUCAUGUAGUCAGCCUCACUCUCAUGUGCCUGGCCAACCUAGUAGGAAUAAUUAUCUUCAGAUUAGAUAAGAGAAACAUGGACAAUCAGAAGAACCCAAGUCGAACACUGGACAUGACUCUACUACUUGGAGCAACAUUAGGCCAGUAUGCAAUCUCCUAUUACUCUAUUAUAGCCAUGGUGUCUACAAAACCCUUCAGCAUUUUGUGUGGAUUAACACUUAGUUAUUCAGUGCUGAUGAUUCUUCAGCACUCCAUUCAGAAUGCUUUCAUCAUCGAAGGGCUGUAUCGUCUUCCACCAAAUGUAUUAUUCAGACCUCUUAGAUCAAAUAUGUCUACUCCUACAAUACCGAAUGAAACCAUAAAAGAACUUACUGUUCAUGAAAUAGAAAGAAGACAAUCUCUUACGGGUGCCCCAAGGAGUUCACACAGGAGAAUGUCAAGAAGAGAAACCUUGAGCGCUCAGAUCAAAAGUCACCUCAAGAAAAGAAAAACUAUGAAAGAUGUGUACUUGUUUCUUUUCCUUAGCAAUAUAAUAUUCUGGAUUCUGCCUGCCUUUGGAGCUCGAAUACGAUUUGACAGUGGUUUAGAGGUUCAUUUUUAUGGUUUCGCAAUAUGGGCCAUUAUUACCAAUGUUUGUCUUCCUUUUGGGAUCUUCUACCGUAUGCAUGCAGCUGCUACAUUGCUGGAACUUUACAGCAUGUCAUAAAGGACCACAGAAUUUCCUCUCCAAAUAUAUGAUGCUCAUUUAGUAUCAUCAUAACUGGCUAAAAAGCCUAAAGACUAUGGAGCUAGACAAUUACCACGUAUAGACUACAACAUACUGGGAACCUGCUGAACUACAAAGCAUGGAGGAGACCUUUUGGUUAAUAAUGGAAGGGGAUAACCUAAAUACACUAUAAAAAAACAAAAAACAAAUGUGCCUAGAAAAUAUUUUAGACAUCUUGUGGAAUAAAAAUGUUGAAAUAAUAACUUGAC